AUGCUUAUUAGGUCGGCGUGCGACUACUGGUCGCUGGGCGUGGUGGCGUUCGAACUGGUCACACUGAAGCGGCCGUUCUCCACCGGGGAGGAAGACUCCAUUGCUGAAAUUCUUGCCAAUAUACAAAAAUACGAGCGCGAACCAGACGCAGAGCCGCCGUUCGAGCCGGCCCCGAAUGGGCCGUCGGACGCCUGGCGCUCGCUAGUGGCGGGACUGCUUCGCGUGGCGCCGGCGCGCCGCUACAACUACCUCGACACGCUGCAGCACGCCGCGCUCGCGCACGCGCACCUGCUCUCCAUCCGCGACCAGGUGCGUCGUUGUCUAUGCUCGCCCGAGCGGGUCGUCCGCCGCCUGGCGCUACAACUACCUCGACACGCUGCAGCACGCCGCGCUCGCGCACGCGCACCUGCUCUCCAUCCGCGACCAGGUGCGUCGUUGUCUAUGCUCGCCCGAGCGGGUCGUCCGCCGCCUGGCGCUACAACUACCUCGACACGCUGCAGCACGCCGCGCUCGCGCACGCGCACCUGCUCUCCAUCCGCGACCAGGUGCGUCGUUGUCUAUGCUCGCCCGAGCGGGUCGUCCGCCGCCUGGCGCUACAACUACCUCGACACGCUGCAGCACGCCGCGCUCGCGCACGCGCACCUGCUCUCCAUCCGCGACCAGGUGCGUCGUUGUCUAUGCUCGCCCGAGCGGGUCGUCCGCCGCCUGGCGCUACAACUACCUCGACACGCUGCAGCACGCCGCGCUCGCGCACGCGCACCUGCACUCCAUCCGCGACCAGGUGCGUCGUUGUCUAUGCUCGCCCGAGCGGGUCGUCCGCCGCCUGGCGCUACAACUACCUCGACACGCUGCAGCACGCCGCGCUCGCGCACGCGCACCUGCACUCCAUUCGCGACCAGGUGCGUCCUUGUCUAUGCUCGCCCGAGCGGGUCGUCCGCCGCCUGGCGCUACAACUACCUCGACACGCUGCAGCACGCCGCGCUCGCGCACGCGCACCUGCACUCCAUCCGCGACCAGGUGCGUCCUUGUCUAUGCUCGCCCGAGCGGGUCGUCCGCCGCCUGGCGCUACAACUACCUCGACACGCUGCAGCACGCCGCGCUCGCGCACGCGCACCUGCACUCCAUCCGCGACCAGGUGCGUCGUUGUCUAUGCUCGCCCGAGCGGGUCGUCCGCCGCCUGGCGCUACAACUACCUCGACACGCUGCAGCACGCCGCGCUCGCGCACGCGCACCUGCACUCCAUCCGCGACCAGGUGCGUCGUUGUCUAUGCUCGCCCGAGCGGGUCGUCCGCCGCCUGGCGCUACAACUACCUCGACACGCUGCAGCACGCCGCGCUCGCGCACGCGCACCUGCACUCCAUCCGCGACCAGGUGCGUCGUUGUCUAUGCUCGCCCGAGCGGGUCGUCCGCCGCCUGGCGCUACAACUACCUCGACACGCUGCAGCACGCCGCGCUCGCGCACGCGCACCUGCACUCCAUCCGCGACCAGGUGCGUCGUUGUCUAUGCUCGCCCGAGCGGGUCGUCCGCCGCCUGGCGCUACAACUACCUCGACACGCUGCAGCACGCCGCGCUCGCGCACGCGCACCUGCACUCCAUCCGCGACCAGGUGCGUCCUUGUCUAUGCUCGCCCGAGCGGGUCGUCCGCCGCCUGGCGCUACAACUACCUCGACACGCUGCAGCACGCCGCGCUCGCGCACGCGCACCUGCACUCCAUCCGCGACCAGGUGCGUCCUUGUCUAUGCUCGCCCGAGCGGGUCGUCCGCCGCCUGGCGCUACAACUACCUCGACACGCUGCAGCACGCCGCGCUCGCGCACGCGCACCUGCACUCCAUCCGCGACCAGGUGCGUCCUUGUCUAUGCUCGCCCGAGCGGGUCGUCCGCCGCCUGGCGCUACAACUACCUCGACACGCUGCAGCACGCCGCGCUCGCGCACGCGCACCUGCACUCCAUCCGCGACCAGGUGCGUCGUUGUCUAUGCUCGCCCGAGCGGGUCGUCCGCCGCCUGGCGCUACAACUACCUCGACACGCUGCAGCACGCCGCGCUCGCGCACGCGCACCUGCACUCCAUCCGCGACCAGGUGCGUCGUUGUCUAUGCUCGCCCGACACGCCGCGCUCGCGCACGCGCACCUGCACUCCAUCCGCGACCAGGUGCGUCGUUGUCUAUGCUCGCCCGAGCGGGUCGUCCGCCGCCUGGCGCUACAACUACCUCGACACGCUGCAGCACGCCGCGCUCGCGCACGCGCACCUGCACUCCAUCCGCGACCAGGCGCCGCCGUGGGUGCCUACGCUGCGGGGCGCGGAGGACGCGGCGUACUUCCGCGCGGAGCCGCGGGACGCGCGCCCGCCCUCCGCCGCGCCCUUCCGUUCCCGCCCACCCUUCGCCGGGCAGCUGCCGUUCAUUGGUUAUUCAUAUGUAGCACCAGAAGAAAAUGAAGAUAGUCACAGUGGAGGUUUCAACGCUUCACACGACUGUACUGCUAUAGAUUUGGCUACGUUCAAAUCAGCAGAAAAACUAGCAGCGAUGCGUGGGAGAGAGAUAGCAUCACUUCAAAACAAACUGGCGGCGGCGGAGGCGGCGGCGGGCGCGGCGGCCGAGCGGACGCGCCGCGACGCCGACGCCGAGGCCGAGCGGACGCGCGCCCGGCUACAGGCAGAGAUCACGGCGCUCAGCUUACAGAACACCCGCCUCGAACGCCAAAUCGAAGUCGAAAAGGAAGAACGCAUGGCUCUCCAGCGGACAAACCAGGAGCUUUCCUCUGGCCUGGCCGAGCGCUCGGCGGCCGAAUUAGCGGCGGCGCGGGCCAACGCGGCCUCGCUGCAGGCCGAGCGGGACAGCCUGAGGGACUGCACGCGGAGGCUGGAGACUCGUGUGGCUGAGUUACAGGCAGAGUGCGCCCGCGCCGCUUCGGCGGCUGAUGAAGCUAGGGUCCAGCAUAUGCAUUAUAAGGAAAUAUUAGAACACGUGCACGAGUUGCGACACCGAAGACUCACAGAAAUCAAUGUUCGGGCGAUUGACUCGGUAGCUAAAGAACGCGCGUUACGUCGUCAAACUCUUACCGGAGGGGAAGUCGAAAGCCGCGAGAUGGCGGCUCGCUUAGCAGCGGCUGAGGCGGCCACGGCCCGAGAAGUGAGAGCGCGCGAACAAGCCGCGAACCGCUUAGCCGACUUAGAAGAUGAAUACGGAACGCUACAGGCCGAGCAGUGCGCGCUGCAAGCCGAGUUGGACGACGCGAGGACGGAGCUCGCUGCUGUUAAGAUGGCGGCUUGCUUGGCAGCGGCCGAGGCGGCUACGGCACGGGAAGUGCGCGCCCGUGAACAAGCCGCGAACCGCCGUGCAGACUUAGAAGAUGAAUACGGAACGCUACAGGCCGAGCAGUGCGCGCUGCAAGCCGAGUUGGACGACGCGAGGACUGAGCUUGCUGCUGUUAAGAUGGCGGCUCGCUUAGCAGCGGCUGAGGCGGCCACGGCCCGAGAAGUGAGAGCGCGCGAACAAGCCGCGAACCGCUUAGCCGACUUAGAAGAUGAAUACGGAACGCUACAGGCCGAGCAGUGCGCGCUGCAAGCCGAGUUGGACGACGCGAGGACGGAGCUCGCUGCUGUUAAGAUGGCGGCUUGCUUGGCAGCGGCCGAGGCGGCUACGGCACGGGAAGUGCGCGCCCGUGAACAAGCCGCGAACCGCCGUGCAGACUUAGAAGAUGAAUACGGAACGCUACAGGCCGAGCAGUGCGCGCUGCAAGCCGAGUUGGACGACGCGAGGACUGAGCUUGCUGCUGUUAAGAUGGCGGCUCGCUUACCAGCGGCUGAGGCGGCUACGGCCCGAGAAGUGAGAGCGCGCGAACAAGCCGCGAACCGCUUAGCCGAUCUGGAGGAUGAAUACGGAACACUACAAGCUGAACAAUGUGCACUGCAGGCUGAAUUAGAUGAUGCGAGGACGGAACUCGCUGCUGUUAAGAUGGCGGCUCGCUUGGCAGCGGCUGAGGCGGCUACGGCCCGAGAAGUGAGAGCGCGCGAACAAGCCGCGAACCGCUUAGCCGACUUAGAAGAUGAAUACGGAACGCUACAGGCCGAGCAGUGCGCGCUGCAGGCCGAGUUGGACGACGCGAGAACUGAGCUCGCUGCUGUUAAGGAAUCUAUGAAAGACAAACAACACUCAGUGGACUCGUCUGCAAACUACCUGAAGGAAGCUCAGCAACAGUUGGCGCAGGAACGCGUGCGCAGCUCGUCUCUGCAGGCACAAGUCAAGGAGUUAGAGCGAGGGCUACAAGAAGCAGCACGCCGGGAGGCAUCUUUAGAAGAGCAGUGCUCGCGCACCGAAGCGCGUCUCAACGAGCGGUUGGACGCGGCCGAGACACGCGUGGCCGCCGCCGUUGGCGACGAGGCCCGUCACCGGGAGAAGGUGAACACCCUAGAGCAGCUAGUCCGGCAGCUCGAGCGCGAAGUGAGCGCAUUAGAAUCUCGCGGCUGCGCGCAGUGCGCGGCGCGCGCCGACAAGCAUGAAGAAGCCGCCAGCGAUACUGAGAGCGUCACCGACGCUGCCCAUGCUCAGCUGGCGCUUCUGAAGGAGCAGCUGGAGCGGGCUGAGAACCAGCUGCAGGCUCGCGCCGAAGAAAUGGCCAAUCUACGUCAAGAAGCCAGAACCGCUAAUCUUGCAAGGUGGCGAAAGGAACGAGAAUACAACGACCUGUCAGUAGAAGCGAAGUCUGCCGCGCGCGAUCUCAAACGCCUCGAAGAACGAUUGUCCCACGCUACGGAAGCGCGCAGGACGGCUGAGCAGAAAGCCAGCAGUUUACAGAACGAACUGGCGACUCUGAAGCCGCAAUACGAACAAGCUAGCAAGGAGGCUGAGAGGACCAAGGAACAGCUGGAGAAACUGAGGAAGGCUCAUGAAACUGCGGUCGCGGAAGUUGACAGAUCGCGCAACGACAUUCGCAAGCUGAAGAGCGAACUCCAAUACAGCGAGAAGCGGCGCCUGCACGCCGAGGAAGAAGAGGAACUGUCAAGUCGCGAGCGCGCGCAACUCCGCGACGAACUCAACCAGUUGCGCGCGCAGACCAAUGACGUCAUGCAGAACAACAAAGCUCUCCAAGAAGCAUGCAGUCUACUCGAAGAGCAGUUGACAGACUUGGAGAAAUUGGCUGAUAUUCAUGAAAUAAAGAACAAAGAUCUUGAAAACGAAACCCAGCGCCUUCGUUCAGAGCUGGAGGCGUGUCGCUCGCGCCUGCAAGAGGCGGAGCAACUGGCAACCGAGCGCGGUACCGCCGCGUCUCUCGCGGCGCAGAGCGGCGGCGAGGCGCGCGACCAGGCCCGCCACGCGCACUGCCAGCUGCAGCUGCUGCGGGAGCGUCUAGAGAGCCGUGAAGGGCGCGUGGCCGAGCUGGAAUCCCGCGUGGCAGCACUAGAGGGCGAGCGCUCAGCUACCGACGCGGCGUUGAGUAGCGCGCUGCGGCGCGUGCGCGACCUGCAGGAGGAGAGCAGCGCGCUGCGCACGCGCGCGCACGACCACCACGCGCACGCGCUGCAGCUGCAGGCGCAGCUGGCCGACGCGCAGGAGGAGUUGUCGGCGGCGCGCGAGGCGGCGGAGGCGGCGGCGGCGUGGUGGCGCACGCGCGAGACCAAGGCCGACGCCACGCUGCGCCAGCAGGCCAAGCUCAUCGACUUCCUGCAGGCAAAAGUAGAAGAGGCCGGUCGGAAAAAAUGUUCGUUGAGCAACAAACUCUUCGGACGGUCCGGGCGGAGAUCUGCCGCGUCACCGCCGCUUCGCCGGGCUAACAGAUAUCCUCCAACUCCUAGAAGAGAGAAACCAAAAUCUGCAGUAAAUGGAAGGAAAAGCAUAGAUACGCCAGACGGACCUCAAGAUAAUAAUACCGUUCAAGUCGUUUGGUCGGACGGGGUUCGGGAGCGGGCACGUGCACGAGUAUCGGGCGCGGCGCUUGUACUGGCCAGCGGCGAGCAACAACUGCGGGCCAAACUACUCGCGCCAGACGCCGGCGACCUGCCGCAGAACGAGGCCAACCGAGCUUUUAUUGUAAAAAUGGAAAGUCCAGCCCGUUGCGAGCGCGCAGCCAUAGUGUGUGGCAGCUUAGAAGACCGACGAGCGUGGUUAUCUCGCCUGCAGCCCGCGCCCGCGCCGCCCGGCUACCACCCGUCCUCGCUGUGUUUGUUGGAUACCGAACCCGCUGCUGCGCUGCACGUCGCCGCCAAUGCUGUGGCAAUAGGUUGCAUCGACGGUUUGCAUUCUCUUCGUGGUCCAAUCCGCUUGGAAUUUGAAUCCGACGUGUCCCCACCUCGCCUGUCAUCUCAGCCCUCAAUACAGAGUAUGGCAGCAGCUAACGGGCGCGCAUUACUCGUGUAUAACGGCGCGCUAGUACACGCGGGAUUGUUAGCGUUGGGCUCGUCGCUACGCCGCUCCAGCAACCUCAAGCCCACUGUGGAAGUCAGCAAAGUGCGCCUCCCGGAUACCACACCGCCUCAUUUAGUCAAGGCAAUAUCGAGUGACAUAAUGGAAGGCCCGUGCGCAGUGGUGGCUUGUGGCCGAAGAGUGUUCCUCCUUCGCUUCGAUGCAUCCACUACUGAGUUCAGGAUCGCGCGAUCCCUUACCGUGGACCGCGCGCCGUCGUCGCUCCUGCUCACAUCGCGCGCUCUCUACAUCGCCGGUGAGAAACCACUAAAGGUACUUCUACCCUCCGGCGCCCUCGAAGCCUUCGGAAUGGAAGAACCCAUCAUCGCGGCGGCAGCUAGGAAACACUCGCCCCCCAAAGCGAUUCUCUUAGUCCGCGAUAAGCCGACCGAAAUCCUCCUCUGCUACGCGGAAUGCGGCGUGUUCGUCGACGAAAACGGGCGGCGCACGCGCAGUGAAGACCCAAAAUGGAGUUCCGCGGCGCGCGCCUGGGAAUACGUGCACCCGUUCUUGUACGUGGCAGGCGACGACCGCGUCACCGUGCUCUACGUCACCGACGACGUGUUCCGCGCGCCGCCCUGCACCUGCGACACCGCCUCGCUCGCCUCCACCGCCUCCGAGUGCUACAUGCCUGAAAUAUUCAAUCUGAAGGUCAACGAACCCGUGCUGCUCGGGACCGCGCCCAACGGAGUCAUAAUCCGAACGAAGGACGACGAAGGACAUCGCGUAUCGAUCGUGGAGGGAAUGGCCGCUUUCAAGAGUGUCGGCGCGUCGGUGGAGUCUCUCGAAACGAUCUCCGACUCGAAAGGGUCGUCGACCGACUUGGCUCAGUCGAUAACGGACCUGACGACCCCGCAGGAUGUCUCGCAGGAGAGCGUGGAGGUCACGUCGGGGUUCCUGGCCGAUAUCCGAAAACGUGCCCGGCAGCUUCGAAACAAACACCGCAAGGAGCGGACGCCCGAUGACGUCAUAAAAGAAAUUCUCACCACCGAGGUGGGUCUGAAGCGUUCUUACACGAGCGGGAGAAAGUCCCCCGCGACCGUUUCGGAAUUCGACUCGGACUCCACUGAGAGCGAGGAGAAAACGGAGUCGCCCAAAGGAACCGCCGAUCUGUGUGCGGAGAUGUUCACGAGGCAAGUUCGAUUUCAGUAAUUCAAUACCGCCCUUUUGUAGUAAUUGAAAGCCCUUUUAAGCCUAGACUCAGACCACCGAUUUUUUGUUGGCCGAUAGUUUAGUCGGGCAAUUAAUCAGUAGGAGCAUUGAGCAUGUAUGGAAGUGCGCACAUUACACCGAUUGAUUCUUCAUACAAAUUAGAAUCGGACCCGACUAUCGGGCGACUAAAAAUCAAUGGUCUGCGCCUUGCUAAAACUUACCGAAAUAUUUUUAGUCAGCAUUAACCAUAAUAGUCAUAAUACCUACCCAUAAGUGAUAUACAUAAUAUUUUUCUUAGUUCAAACUCAUAACCAUUAUAGCUUAGUAAUAUUUGAGAGUAGAAACUUACCCAGACUUAGCCAUUUUUGUAUUGGAUCUCUAAAGCUGAUAAUUUUAUGCUCAAUAAUUAAAAUUGAAAGUCCGAUUGCCAGUAACUUUCGUUUUAAGUACUUAUAAAGUUAUUUUAGGUAAAACUAGUUUCAUUGUGUAAUUGAUGUAAGGUAAUUUUAUUUAUAAGUAUUUAUUGUUUGGGAUUUAACUUUUAGUGAUUAAUUUCGAGGACGAGAAUUGUUGUCUGCUUGGACAUACCAACAAAGUAUAGGGAUGAGUUUUCACUUCUCAAUGCCUGUCUUCCCGUAGGCGCAAAAACGCCAAGGCCGUUUGUAGACAUCCGUUUUUUCACCGGACGAAGGACGUCAAAAAACGGAUAUCCUUUGUUUGCUGUCAAUCUUCUCGCCGGACCUAUGUCCGAUGCAUGUGCACACGUUACGUUCAUAAACCAUACACCACCGCUAAAUUAGGCGAAAAAAUCGGGCCGUAGUCCGGUCAAAAAACGGAUGUUUACAAGCAGCCCAAGGUUUUUAGUUCAACAUUAAUAUGGUUUUUCAUAUAUCUUAUAUGAUCCACUUUAACACACUCAAUAGACCAAUACAAUUUUAGACUUUUUUGUACAUGGAAAAAUGUUAUUACAUAAAACAAUUUAUUACUACUUUAUAAAGGUAGGUAGGUACCUAAAUGUAUCCUAUUUAGGAACUUGACCGAAUUGAAAAUUAAUUGUUUCAAAGGUAUUAUUAUUGAUGUAUUAGUUAAUAUUUCUUAUACUGUGAUUUGCUAUUAAUUUUAACUGGUGUUAAGAUUUAGUUUUAACUUUUUAUUUGUAUAACUUUUAAGUCUAGAGAGGUAAAUACAAAACGUAUGGCUCUCUGUUUGCUAAGUCGUUUGAAUGUAUGGUAGUCCAGUCAAUAAAGCAUUAUAGAUGGAAAACUGUAGAACACAAUUUCUGACUUCAGGACUUUAUUUAGACUAGUUAGGAGGUGAACAUAGCAAAAGUCCCCGCCCUUAGCCCUUGAGCCGGCGGGGAGAGGGGGGUUUAAAGGUGCCACUUUUCGGUUUUUCGCUUAAUCCUCGGAAACUAUGCGUCCUAGUGACAUGACUACUUUGAACCAAAAAAAGCAUAUUCAAUCUGCUACAGAUGAGAUAGACAAGUUUUUCUAUAAAUUGUAUAGUUUUCGUAGCAUCUGCUCUAGAAAGUCUGUAAUAUUGGAAAUUUUAUUUUUGUCUUACAUGUUCCCAUCAGGAGAAAAUCGACUAAAUCAACAUUGAGCAAUCAUUCUAGACAUGCGGGAGCAUGUUAAGCCUAGUUCCAGCGAGGGGACUACACCGUGCGUAUAUUUAGACGAAUCACUUUGAGCCACUUUUGAGUCCUCAUCACUCAAAAACUACUGUGCAUUAACACUUUAAAUUUGGCUCAUGUGUUGAGACUUACAAGAUAUACAUCAGUUUCAAAUUUCAUAAAUCUGCCUCAAACGGUUCUCUAGAUAUUGACGUCCAAAAAUCUACAUGUCUGACCUAUAGACCAAAUUCUAACCACUUCCAGAUGACCUCGAAGGUUCAAAUUUGGCAUCCAGAAAGGUAGUUAUGUAAAUACAAAGGAACAAAUAAAAAACCAGUAAAUUUUAACAUUUCACAUGUGAUAGAUAGAUAGUAGUGCUCUAAAUAUCGAUUUUUGAACGUCAAUACCUAAAUAACCGUUUGAGGUAUAUUUAUGAAAUUUGAAGCUGAUGUACAUCUUGCAAGUCUCAAUACAUGAGCCAAAUUUGAAGUGUUAAUGCACAGUAAUUUUUGAAUGAUGAGGAGUCAAAAGUGGCUCUAAUUGGUUCGUCUAAAUAUACGCACGGUGCAGUCCCCUCCAUGGAACUAGGCUUAACAUGCUCCCGCAUGUCUAUAGUGUUUGCUCAAUGUUGAUUUAGUCGAUUUUCUCCUGAAAGGAACAUGUAAGACAACAAUAAAAUUUCCAAUUUUACAGACCUUCUAGAGCAGAUGCCGCAAAAACUAUACAAGAUAUAGAAAAACUUGACUGUCUCACCUGUAGCAAAUUGAAUAAGCUUUUUUUGGUUCAUAGUAGUCAUGUCUCUAGGACGCAUAGUUUCCGAGGAUUAAGCGAAAAACCGAAAAGUGGUACCUUUAAACCCCCCUCUCCCCGCCGGCUCAAGGGCUAAGGGCGGGGACUUUUGCUAUGUUCACCACCUAACUAGGCUAAAUAAAGUCCCGAGGUCAGAAAUUGUGUUCCAUGGAUUUCUCUCUACACCGUCGUUAAGGCAUUCAUUGACUGGACUAUGGGUUUAAUAUAAGCAAUGUUUGUUAUGUAUGUAUGACAUGUUAUAAAUAUAUAUUUUUACACAUA